UGCAACAUCACAUUCACAACAGUCACCUUCAGUCGCCCUGCAACAUGGAUCAAUCAGACACAAAAGAAUUUGAUUUAAGUUAUUUAAAUAUCACCAAAACUGGACGUAGGGAGGAGAAAGAAAGUAACAUCCAGCAUCCGUUACUGAGAUACAAGGCUGUCGUGAAGCGGUAUCCGCUUACCCGCGUCCCCCUGUGACUACAACCAAGCGCACUCCACGACGUUACGUGAGAUUACGUCAGUCCACUGUACACUCAAAACACUUGCACCGGCGUCUGCUGCUGUAGUUCCACCAAAGACUUGUUCGACUUGUGCAUUGUUCCUCUUGUAACCUUAUCUCAUACAUUUUGGAAAAUUCUAAAACAGUUUGCACAGACUUAAUCUUUUUUUGGUCGUUUUAACCCCCGUAUUUAUCAGGGCAGAGGAACGCCUGGGGUUUAUUUUUACUGAAGCAGCUGAUGGAUGAGCGGGUCACCGAGUUAUUUGAUUCAGGAAAUGGACACAGUUUUGAAAGUCGUGGAAUCGCUUCGACUUCUUGGAAUGUCCCGAGUGGAACAUCCAAGAAGUCUUUGAAGAUCAAGAAAGGCAAAGAUCGGAGCUAUCGUAGCAUCAAACCAAACAACAACACACCGUAUCUGCCUCCAGAGGUGGAAGAGGGUAACAUCGAGUAUAAGCUCAAGCUUGUGGAUCCAACACAAUACCGAUUUGAGCACCUGGCAACACAAAUGAAAUGGCGGCUACAGGAAGGACGAGGAGAGGCCGUCUAUCAGAUUGGUGUGGAGGACAAUGGCAUGGUAGUGGGACUAGCUGAAGAGGACAUGAAGGCCUCGCUAACGACUCUUCAUAGGCUAGCAGAGAAAGUCGGGGCUGAUAUCACCAUCCUUCGACAUCGGGAGGUGGAUUCUGACACUGAGGACGCACGGAGGAUUGCUGAGGUUCUUAUUCGCAAAGUACCAGAUGACCAGCAGUUCUUGGACCUACGAGUAGCCGUACUUGGAAAUGUGGACUCUGGAAAGUCCACUCUUCUGGGUGUAUUGACUCAGGGUGAACUGGAUAAUGGACGAGGAAAAGCAAGGCUCAACCUCUUCAGACAUCUUCAUGAGAUCCAGACGGGACGUACCUCAAGCAUUAGCUUUGAGAUCCUGGGCUUUAACAGCAAAGGAGAGGUGGUAAAUUACAGUGAUUCCCGUACAGCAGAGGAUAUUUGUGAGAACGCUUCGAAGAUGAUCACUUUUAUUGACCUGGCCGGUCACCAUAAAUACCUGAAGACUACCAUAUUUGGUCUUACCAGCUACUGUCCAGAUUUUGCCAUGCUGGUUGUCAGUGCGAACACAGGAAUUGCUGGUACGACAAGAGAGCACCUAGGACUGGCCAUGGCGCUGAAGGUGCCCAUCUUCAUCGUGGUCAGCAAAGUGGAUCUUUGCACACGGGCCACUGUGGAGCGAACAGUGCGUCAGAUGGAGAGGGUUCUCAAGCAGCCGGGCUGCAACAAGGUCCCGAUGGUUGUGAGUAAUGCCGAUGACGCCGUGACGGCAGCGCAGCAAUUUGCUCAGUCGCCAAACAUCACACCCAUCUUCACCUUGUCCAGUGUGUCUGGAGAUAACCUGGACCUGCUUAAGGUGUUCUUCAACAUCAUCCCUCCACUGAGCAACAGCAAAGAGCAGGAGGAGCUAAUGCAGCAGCUAACAGAGUUCCAGGUGGAUGAGAUCUACACGGUGCCGGAGGUGGGAACCGUGGUGGGAGGAACUCUCUACAGUGGUAUUUGCCGUGAAGGAGAUCGCCUGGUAGUCGGGCCCACUGACCGCGGACAGUUCCACAAGCUGACAGUUGGCAGCAUACAGAGAAACCGCUCGGCCUGCAGGGUGCUCCGAGCCGGACAGGCGGCCACGCUAGCACUGGGCAGCUUUGACCGCACGCUACUACGCAAGGGUAUGGUCAUGGUGAGUCCAGACAUGAACCCCACUAUCUGCUGGAGGUUUGAGGCGGAGAUCGUCCUGCUCUUCCACGCUAAGACCUUCCACAAGGGCUUCCAGGUCACUGUGCACAUAGGCAACGUGAGGCAGACGGCCGUCGUGGAGGCCGUGCACGGAAAGGAGGAGCUGAGAACAGGCGAGAAAGCCGUGGUCCGCUUCAGAUUCAUGCGGAACCCUGAGUACCUGAAGGUGGGAGCCAAAGUUCUCUUCCGACACAGCGUCACCAAAGGGAUCGGCCACGUCACCAAAUUGCAGCCCAUCGCCCAGUACCAGCCGUCCCACAGCAGUGACGAGGAGGCGUGAACUCUCUGGGAAAACAACCAUCAAGUGCUUUACAAGAAAGCAAACCUCAACAACCAGUCUGCCAAAGGCCAGUCUGCACUGCUCCCUCUGACCUUGCAGCGCCCUCUUUUGGACUCUGAGGAACACGUUUGCCCUGACUUCACAGAAGCUACACCGUAACACUUAUACGGUGUUGAGAUUUACCUCCAUAUUGUUUCUCCUUCGGACCUGAAAAAGCCUUGAAGCUCACGUCUGUCCGCGACUGUUUUCCCAGCCUAGUGGUGUGGCGUUUGACCAUUUAGUCACACCUAAUAAUGGCUUGUUCUGGGCUCGGGGCGGCUGCUUUGUGGCUGGUGAGCACAUCAUGCGGCUCAUCAGCGCACUGAUGCUGGAUCUCUUCAUCUUCUAAUGCAGUGAAUCAUUCUAUUCAGCAAAAAAUUGAAGAUGGAAGAAACAGACCUGAACACCAUACUAGUGUUGAAGGGCUGGAAGGUCACCAAGAUGCACCUUGGGCACUGACAUACCAGCAUCUACCCAAACAACUCCCCCGCCCAAAAAAAGAAAAAAAAAUCCAAAGAAUGUCUCUCACAGUUGUGUAGCAACCUUAGUGCCUGACUGACAACCAUAUGGUCUGUUUUGUUGACCGCUUUGAUGCUUGAUUGUUGAGUCUGGCACUCGUGGAUUGAAACUGAAAACUCAAGACUGAUUUUUCUAUGCCAACCUGCCGACAACGUGUCUCACUUGUGCAGCUUUUCACUCAUCAUAACUCAUAUCUAUGCACUCCCUUCACUGUUUAACCAUCUAUUGCCUCAGCAAAAACUUUUCAGAGCCGAUUGUCACCCGACAUCUUUUGGCAUGUCCCAUGUACAAGUCAGCUUCUCGCGCUUUUCUCUUUGACUUUCCCAGUCACUGCCAUAGGAACCUGAGCAUUCAUAAAUCAAACUGUGCUUCCUGUUGAGGGACUGCAAAAAACAAAUAAAUAAAAAAUACCCCAUUAAUCCCCACAACUCACUCAGAUUAACAAAAAACUGCUUUAUCUGACAAUAUAGAUGUAUUUUUUGAGUGGGUAUAUUUAAAUUUUGAGUUUCUAUAUUUAAAAAAUAUUUUUUAUUGGCCUUAAAAAAAGUUUUUUUAAGUGAGAAAAUAGCCUUUGAAUUUACUCACUAGACUUCCUGUACUUCUGGCAAAGGUCAUAGCUUGUAAUAUUUUGUGCGCCUUAUAAAACAAAGGUUGAUAUAGCUUAAGAUGUUGAGUUCAUAUGUUCUUUUAUUCAGCCGUAGAAUACUCUCAGGUCAACAUAUAUAAUUAUAUAUUUUUAAAAAAUCCAUUUCCACUUUCAAACUUGCAGUGCUCUUCUUCCCAAACCUGAAAAAAAAUCAUUUCUCAACAGACAGUAGCAGCUCAGGUGUUUUUCACUCACGUUACUGAGAGGGUUUGAGACGGUGCCUAGUGGAACUCCUUUCAAUUCAAACGCUUUACAGCUGGUGAUAAUCAUGUCUGGUGCUAUUUUAAAAUGACCUUUCUAUGGCUGCGUCUUCUUGUCUUACUGCAUGUGGGUGAAGUUUUCUUGUUGUUUACGAAAGAGGGAACUAUUUUAGUUUUUUUGUAUUGUUUUAAAACCGUCACAGACUUUUUAGAUUUGACUCUUUUAAGCUGAAUGGCGCCAUUUAUCACCCUUUGAGUUUGGAUUUUGGAACGCUCAACAGGCACAGUUCCGAAGUGCGUGUGUUCAUGUGUACAGAAAA